AUGGCCGAGUCAGAGACUGAAUGUGACACACCCGGCCUUGACACGCUUGGGUCGGAGUGUGUCAUAGCCCACAGUCAUGUCGACCUUCACUAUGGAGCAGAAACGGAGAUCAUGACAGAGGAAAAGCGUGGAUUAGAGCUGGAGAUCCAUGGUUCAGACUUAAAGAUCCAAGGCCUGGGGACAGAACUUGGUGCUGUUGCUUGUGUGGAUGCAAUUGUAGCUGAAACAGACCACGACUACAUAAAGGUGGAGCAUGGUGAUAUGCACUGUUUCACAGGAGCAGAAAUCAAGACCACCGGGAACGAGACCCUGCUGGGAGAGGUCCUGCUUAAGACGGAGAGCGAGCACAUGGUCAAAGUGGAGUCCGACCAUGGCGGGGAGCUGACGGUUGAGUCUGAGAAUGGUGUCAUCAUACACGAAGCUCACGGCCUGCAGUGCAACGAGUGCGGAGAGAUUUUUGGUAGCAUAGCCGAUCUUCACCAACACUUUGAGAUCCACAAGGACCUAAACCCGUACAUCUGCGUCCACUGUGGUGAGAGCUUUGCUGUAGAGGCCAGCCUCAAGCAGCAUAUGAAAAUCCACAUGAAGGAAAAGCCCUAUGUUCCUCCAGGAGUCGAGAUCAUGGGUAAAGAUGUUAUUGAUGCCUACAGCCUUAAGUCUCAUCAGAUGAUUCAUUUGCCAGAUAAGCCCCACAGAUGCUCAGAGUGUGGUAAGAGCUUUGCAGCCGCCAUCACCCUGAGAGAACACAUGAAGAUGCAUUCUGAGGACAAGCCAUAUAAGUGCACACAGUGCAGAAAGAGCUUUGUCCGCAGAAGGCAUCUGAAAAAGCACCAGGAGGUACACGCACGUGAGAAGCCAUAUACGUGUGGCCAGUGUGGCAAAGGCUUUGCUACAACCUCCAAUCUGAAACAGCACCAAAAGACCCACGCUGGAGUUGUGCUUGGAGAGAAGCCCCACCGGUGCACACAGUGUGGCAAGUGUUUUGCCGCUGCCGCCACGCUGAGGGAGCACCAGAGGGUCCACUCGGGCGAGAAGCCAUACAAAUGCAACAUGUGCAGGAAGAGUUUUGUGCGCAAACGCCACCUGAAGAAGCACCAGCAGGUCCACGCCGGAGGGAAGCCCUACACCUGCAGACAUUGCAACAAGGGCUUCAAUCACUCUUCCUCCCUGUCUCGUCACCACAAGACCCACCUGCAGAAUCCAGUGUUUUCCCCCCCUCAGCCUGGGAAACCCAUGUCUUUCGGCACCCCCCCGAAGCAGCGGGUGCACCAGCAGGGCGACAAACCAUACAUGUGUCACCACUGUGACAAGGGCUUCAAUCAUUCCUCGUCCCUGUCACGGCACCAAAGAGUCCACUCGGAAGGAAAGAGUUACACCUGUGGUCACUGUGGCAAACGAUUCAAUCACUCCUCGUCUCUCGCGAGGCACCAGAGAGUCCACCUGGACAACAAGCAGCAGCAGCAGCAGCAACAGCCGCCCCAGCAGCAGCCCCAGCAGUACAGCCCCAUUCCCAUCCCCAUCCCCACAGGAAAGGGCUUCCCCAACAACGUCUUUCCAAAACAGCACAUCCUGUCUGUUGAGAAACCAUACAGGUGCUCUCAGUGUGGAAAAGGCUUUAAUCAUUCAUCCUCCCUCUCUAGACAUCAUAGGACCCACGUGAAUCAGUGA